AUGGGCUUGAAGGUUUCUCCACUAACCAGGAUCAUAUCCCUCUCGGGAUUCCUCGCUCUAGGGUUUCUCCUUGUCAUCCUGAGCUGUGCAUUAUUCCACAACUAUUACCCACUAUUUGAUAUACUCAUCUUCCUGAUCGCGCCCAUCCCCAACGCGCUAUUCAGCAAGCGCAACUUUGAUUCUAGUGAGUUCAUGAACGAAUCGAGCAAAAACGUCGAGGAUGUCGGCCAUUUUUUCACAGGGCUUUUGGUCACCAGCGGCCUUGCUCUUCCUACCGUGUUUUACCACUGCCAAAUAAUCAAUCACUACAGCUGCAUAAUGAGCACAAUCGGCGGCAUCAUUAUAUACUUGAGCAUUGUUGUCUUCUCAUGGUUUUUCAACAGUGGAUGGGAUGAAGAAGACGACGCUUUAUUUGGCUAUUAA